GCUUUAUCCAAACGCUCGCGCAGCUUUCUGACACACAAACACACGCGCGCAGGCACCCACGCCGCUGCGCGCGCCUGCUCCGCCAGCUCAAGCCCUCUUAAAGCUGUUUUCCAGCUGGAGACCAGGGAGAGCCGACGACACGCAGCUGUCUCUGUGGAACUCAAGUAGGACAGGAAGAAAACAGAGGGAGGAGGAGAAGAGGCGGAGGAGGGGAAGGACGAGUGCAGGGAGGGGAAUAAACCCCAACCAGCCUGUUCAUUUGGAUCCUUCUCUCGGUCAGCUGUAGUUCAGGACUUUGUUUCCGAGGAGUGAAGAGGUGGAUAAGAAGAGCAGCUGGAUUUUACAUGAUAUAAUCAGAGCUAAUGGGUUGCCAUGGUGAUUCACCCAGGGAGUCUGACCCGUGCAGAGUGAAUGAAGGAAGCGCCCUGCACGCAAAGUGAACAAUAAUCCAUCAGAGGGGAGUCACAGAGAGAGAGGGAGAGGAAGAAGAGCGGUGGACAGUGCAGAGAGAAUGGAGGACGGAUUUUCCAGCUACAGCAGCUUGUAUGACACCUCAUCACUGCUGCAGUUCUGCAAUGAUGACAGCGCAUCAGCAGCCAGCAGCAUGGAGGUGACCGACCGCAUCGCCUCCCUGGAGCAGAGGGUCCAGAUGCAGGAGGACGAGAUCCAGCUGCUGAAGUCGGCCCUGGCCGACGUGGUCCGCAGACUCAACCAGUCAGAGGAGCAGCAGGCCCUGGGGUCCCGCAAAGGACCUACCAAAGCCAGGCCAAUGAUUGCUACCCUGCCAUUACGGCCAACGGUAAACAACGGGACCAUCCUACCAAAGAAAGGCAGCAGCACUCUGCCCUCCCCAUCUGGACCUGGAUCCAGGAAGGACAGCAGCGCCGCAGCCAACAAGAGAAUUCUCUAUCUGCCCUUCAGCACUGUGAGGAGAGUCAACUCAAACGAGCAUGUGGGGACUCUUACUCGGAAAGAUUCGGGCGACUCCAAGGGCAACCGGGCGCGUGCCGGCUCCACUGGCAGCAACUCCAGCGGCAAAAGAGGCGACAGCAAACAGAGGGAUCCAGUGUUCAAUGCAGGGAUGCGACGUGUGACCCACUGCAAAGAGGAAGGUUAUGUGAAAAUGUACUUGAAGGGCCGCCCCAUCACCAUGUACAUGCCCAAAGACCAAAUGGACAGCUACUGCUUGGAGGCCAAAGCCGAGCUGCCCAGCAACAAACUCAAACUGGACUGGGUCUAUGGUUACCGCGGCCGAGACUGCCGCUCCAACCUUUAUCUGCUUCCCACCGGAGAAACGGUGUACUUCAUCGCCUCGGUAGUCGUGUUGUUCAACGUGGAUGAGCAGCUGCAGAGACAUUACACUGGACACACGGACGACAUCAAAUGCCUGGCUGUCCAUCCCGAUAAAAUCACCAUAGCAACAGGGCAGGUGGCAGGCACCUCGGCAGAUGGCAAACUUCUGGCUCCCCACGUCCGUGUGUGGGACUCCGUCAGCCUCAACACCCUGCACGUCCUGGGCACGGGUUUCUUCGACAGAGCGGUGGUCUGCCUAGCCUUCUCCAAGUCGAAUGGAGGAAACACUCUUUGCGUUGUGGACGAGUCCAAUGACCACGUCCUCUCUGUGUGGGACUGGCAGAAAGUGGACAGACUGGCCGAAGUUAAGUCCUCCAAUGAGUCGGUGUUUGCUGCAGACUUUCACCCGACAGACAGCAACAUCGUAGUGACGUGUGGCAAGUCUCACCUUUAUUUCUGGACCCUGGAAAAAGGCAUGCUUAAUAAAAAGCAAGGACUCUUUGAGAAACAAGAGAAGCCUAAGUUCGUGUUGUGUGUGACCUUUGCGGAAAACGGUGAUGCCAUCACAGGAGACUCGAGUGGAAACCUCCUAGUGUGGGGAAAAGGUACUAAUCGGAUCAGCAACGUCAUCCCAGGAGCUCACGAGGGCAGCAUCUUUGCAGUGUGCAUGCUGAGGAACGGCAUGCUGCUGUCUGGAGGGAAAGACCGCAAGUUUAUUUCCUGGGACAGCAGCUAUCAGCACAUACAAACAGUAGAGGUGCCUGAACCGUUUGGUCCCAUACGGACCAUAGCAGAGGGCCGGGGGGAGACCGUGCUCAUCGGGACCACCAAGAACUUUGUUUUGCAGGGUGGUUUGGAUGGACAGUUCGUGUGUAUUACACAGGGUCACACUGAUGAGCUCUGGGGUCUGGCUGUCCAUCCCUUGAAAAGUCAGUUCCUGACCUGUGGAUAUGACAGACAGGUCUGCCUGUGGGACUCCAGCAGCCAUCAGCUCAUCUGGGCCAAGUGCAUGGAAGAUUCUGCCCAGUGCGCAGGCUUCCAUCCUUCAGGAGCCGUGGUUGCCAUAGGAACCCAGACUGGCAGAUGGCUGGUGCUGGACACUGACUCCAAGGAUUUAGUCACAGUGCACACAGAUGGGAAUGAACAGCUGUCUGUUAUGCGCUUUGGGCCAGAUGGUAACUUCCUGGCUAUCGGUUCCCACGAUAACUACAUCUACAUCUACGCUGUGACAGAAAACGGCAGGAAAUACAGUCGAGUGGGGAAGUGUUCGGGUCACUCCAGUUUCAUCACCCAUUUGGACUGGUCGGUAGACUCCCAGUACCUGGUAUCAAAUUCAGGCGACUAUGAGAUACUGUACUGGAUCCCAUCCGUGUGUAAACAGGUGGUCAGCAUGGAGACCAUCAGAGAUAUUGAGUGGGCCACCUGCACUUGCACUUUGGGCUUCCAUGUCUUUGGCCUGUGGCCGGAUGGUUCCGACGGCACCGACAUCAACGCAGCGUGCAGGUCCAGUGAAAAGACCCUCCUGGCUACUGGAGAUGACUUUGGGAAGGUCCAUCUCUUCUCAUACCCCUGUUCCCAGUUCAGGGCUCCCAGCCAUCAUUACAGCGCCCACAGCAGUCACGUAACCAAUGUGACGUUCCUGCACGAUGACAGCCACCUGGUGUCGACCGGCGGGAAGGACAUGAGUGUGAUGCAGUGGAGGAUUGUCUGAGCAAGCAGAGCCAAACGGAAACCAUCAGAGCUUCUGUGGACACAAACUUGUAAUGAACUGCACUAAGAUGAACCGAACCAAACUUAAAUGAACUCUGAAUAAGAAGUGCAUCUGAAUGAACUGAAGUGAUUUGACAGAGGAGAACCCAGGUUUUACCUCCUGAUCUGCUCACAGAUGAGAUGAACUGCUGGAGGUGUAAUACAAAUGCUUGAAAUACAAAAAAAAAAUCCUCCUGUUUUUUUUUUUGUUUGUUCGGUUUUGUUGUUUUUUUUCUUUAAUCUGUCCUCACACUACAUGAACAAAAGAAAGUCUCCCCCUCGCAUACUGUAGCUUUUGUCGCCAAUGACAUGAGACGGGACGAGUCCAUCUAAUAAGAACCAAAGGCUCAAACUUUAAGAUGCACUUGUACAGUUUGGCUUCCACUGUUCCUCUUUAGUGCAUGCUCCUUUCACAGUUCCUGGACUCCAGAGGUUUCUUUUAUCGCCUGUAAGAGUUGAUUAAGACUAAUGGAGCUGGAGAUCUGAGAAAGUUGCAACAAAAACUGUUUUUUUUUUGUGUUUUUUUUUUAAACUAUUUUGUAUUUAACAACUCAGGAAAGCACUAGAGAAGCAAGACCCAUCCCUUUAUUAACAUAUUCUGCCUCAGGCAACCCUAAAAGCAUCUAAGAGAUAUUCAGACGUAUCAAACAGAAC